AAAAGGGGAGGAGACACCUUUGUUUCUCAGCUUUGGUUUGUAAACAAGAGGAAGUCUAGACUUCCAGCUGGAGCUUUUUCUAGGGGGGCCCCGCAGGUCUCUCAGCGGGGUGUCUCCCCUCCCCAAAAGCUGUGCCAACAACCUCUUACCCUGACUUAGACGGGCCUUGGGAGAGCUAAGAGGCUCCAUCAAAAGAAGGGGUCCUCCAGCAUUUCUCUUCUGCCAGGGCUUUCGGGAAGCCCCCACAGCGUCCCCUCUCGGGGCUGUCUGGCUCUUCACCACUCUCCUGCCGCCUCUUCCCCUGGUGCGCCCCCCACCACAAUGGUGAGGCUGUCCAAGCCCAAAACUUUCCAAGCCUAUCUGGACAACUGUCACCGACGUUAUAGCUGUGUGCAUUGUCGGGCACACCUGGCCAACCACGACGACCUCAUCUCCAAGUCUUUUCAAGGAAGCCAAGGUCGGGCAUACUUAUUCAACUCUGUAGUGAAUGUUGGAUGUGGUCCAGCAGAAGAACGGGUACUGCUGACAGGCUUGCAUGCUGUGGCUGAUAUAUACUGUGAAAACUGCAAGACUACGCUGGGAUGGAAAUACGAACAAGCCUUCGAGACCAGCCAGAAAUACAAGGAAGGGAAAUACAUCAUUGAACUCAACCACAUGAUCAAGGAUAAUGGCUGGGAUUGAAACCAGUCAGCCUACAAAAAAAGAGUUCCCACCACCUUGGACAACGACAUGUAGGGGUGGAGCAUAAGAAAUGACAAUUUCAAAAAACAACCACCACUGCCUCUGCCUUUCCAACCAAUGGGCUGCUAUCCAAAUCACAUCUGGAUGCCUCUGAGUUGUGAAGGAGGAGGCAGAGCUCCUGCCAGGAGGCCACACCCACAGCUCAGACAUGUCACCACCAUGUGGGGAAAGGUGGCAGAGCACAAGGAGACACCAAGGCCAGGGGCGGCGUGCAAACAGGGAUGGGGGGGU